ACCAGCCUCCGCUUUCCAAUGCUGGACCAGCCUUGGCACAUGGAAGGAGCCGCGCUCGCUGUGCCAGCCUCGCCGAUGCCAGCAAGCGGAGGGAGCAACAGUAGCCACGGGGGCAGAGGCUGGCCGCUCUCUCCCGUGCGCCGCCUUCGUUUCCCGCCUUGGGCUCGGUGCCUUAGUCCCGUUCUGUCCCCUCCGUAGCCCCAGGGACUGCAGCCUACCCUCCUCUCCUCGGCUUCCUUUGUGUGUGUGUGUGUGAGUGCGUGUGUGAGGGGAGCUGAGGCGGCGGCGGAGGUGGAGUCGCUGGCUUCCUCGCUUGUCAAGACUGAGGCGAAGGGAGGGGAAAAGGCGAAGGAAGGAGCUGGUGGGGCGGCUCUAGUCUCCGGGAAGCCUUUUCUCCUCGGGCAGAGAAAAAGGAACUGGACUCAGCGCCGGGCCCUUCUUCGGGUAGCCACAGCGGCUUUACCCCCUCGCGGAGGCUGAAAGGGGCACAAGCAAAUCACCAGCAAGAACAGCAGCAGCAGCACGUUAUUUGGCAGAGCGGUAAGCCAAGCCCAGGCAGCAGCAAGAGCGACUGCUAUUGCUGCUGUUUUGCUCAACGCAGCUCCAGCACUUUGCAAUGGGUUGGGGGCUGCAGCCCGAGACCAGCAGCAGUACCUGGGCUAGUCACUAAAGUACCCGAAGGAAGGAGGAUGGCCACAUCUAGCAACUCCAGUUUGUCCGGCUCCUCGGUUUCCUCUGAUGCUGAAGAAUAUCAGCCCCCAAUAUGGAAAUCAUACUUAUAUCAGUUACAACAGGAAGCACCUCAUCCUAAGAGAAUAAUUUGUCCUCAAGAGGUGGAGAACAGACCAAAAUACUAUGGAAGAGAGUUUCAUGGGAUCAUUUCUCGUGAGCAAGCAGAUGAAUUACUUGGAGGUGUAGAAGGAGCAUAUAUUCUCAGAGAGAGCCAGAGGCAACCUGGAUGCUAUACUCUAGCUCUCAGAUUUGGCAAUCAGACCUUAAACUACAGGCUUUUUUAUGAUGGGAAGCACUUUGUAGGGGAAAAGAGGUUCGAAUCAAUCCAUGAUUUGGUAACAGAUGGCUUGAUAACACUGUAUAUAGAAACCAAGGCUUCUGAAUAUAUUUCAAAAAUGACGACAAAUCCUAUCUAUGAACACAUUGGAUAUGCCACUUUGCUUAGACAAAAAGUAUCCCGGAGACUGAGUAGAUCAAAAGCUGAAUCAAGAAAAGCUAGUGUAACAACAUGUGAAGAAAAUGCACCAGUUGAAAAGAUCACCUCUUUGGUCAGAAGAGCAGCACUAACACAAAAUGACAACCAUUUCAACUAUGAAAAAGCACACAAUUUUAAGGUCCACACAUUCCGAGGUCCGCACUGGUGUGAAUACUGUGCCAAUUUUAUGUGGGGACUCAUUGCUCAGGGAGUAAGAUGUUCAGACUGUGGAUUAAACGUACACAAACAAUGUUCAAAAUAUGUUCCCAAUGAUUGCCAACCAGACCUCAAGAGGAUAAAGCGAGUCUACUGCUGUGACCUCACUACUCUAGUGAAGGCUCACAAUACACAGAGACCUAUGGUGGUGGACAUAUGCAUUCGAGAAAUUGAAGCAAGAGGUUUGAAGUCGGAAGGGAUUUACAGAGUCUCAGGGUUUACUGAACACAUUGAAGAUGUCAAAAUGGCUUUUGAUCGAGAUGGUGACAAGGUAGAUGUCUCUGCCAACAUAUAUCCAGAUAUAAAUAUCAUUGCUGGAGCACUAAAGCUGUAUUUCAGAGAUCUGCCUAUUCCUGUUAUCACUUAUGAUACUUAUUCCAAGUUUAUAGAUGCAGCAAAACUCUCCAAUCCUGAUGAAAGACUAGAAGCCGUCCAUGAUGUGUUGAUGUUACUUCCUGCAGCACACUAUGAGACUCUUAGAUACCUGAUGAUUCAUCUCAAAAAGAUUACCAUGAAUGAAAAAGACAAUUUUAUGAACGCUGAAAAUCUGGGAAUAGUGUUUGGACCUACUUUAAUGAGACCCCCAGAAGACAGUACCCUUGCUACGCUCAAUGACAUGCGGUACCAGAAGCUGAUUGUGCAAAUAUUGAUAGAAAACGAAGAUGUUUUGUUUUAGAUGAACAAAGCUGUAAAUUCAUAGCCAUCUGCUAUGAAAAUAUGUUUAAAGAAAAACAAAUUCCCAUAAGAGAAAUAAACAUGGGUAGCACUUCAUUUUAUGCAGUGUUGCAGAUUAUCCUUGUACUAAAUGUCUGAUGAUAUGUCUUAUAGACAUAUACCUCUUUUUAUUAUUUGAGAGAGAACAAAGGUCAGAAAAAAUCAUCUUGCCUUGUAUCUUUUUCCUUGCUUCCAGUGUUAUUUAUGUAGAAAGGUUACAGACUGUUCUACUGUAACUUAUUAAAGGACACAAACUUAGUAUGUUUAUUUAGAUCGCUGAAGCAAAAAGGUACUUUCAGCCUAAUGCUCAAAGCACUAUGCUGACACAAUUCCUUUUUAAAAGAAUUGGAUCAGCAUAGCAGACUUGCAGGACUGCAGUUGUUUACCCUUAUUUAGGAAGGAUAAACAAGUUUCACAUGCAAGGAUCUUUAGGUCACGGUAGUUAUGUGGAAAUAAGUUUCAUUCAACUUGGUAGGAUACAUUUUCUACAUGACAGCCAUAACGUAGAGCUCAAUACAUGCUCUAGUAUUUCAGUAGUGUCCCUCAUACUAAAAAUAAUGGCAAAUGUUAUGAGACAGGGUUGCAACAAUGUCCAUUGAUCCAGCACCUCUGAUGCCAGGAGGUGCUAUGUACAAGCAGGGACUUCCUGGUUCUCUUCUAUGAACAGCAGAGUACUCUCCAUACAAAAUGAAGAAUUUCUGUAUACAUGGGAAGCAUUUCUGUUCAUAGAAGGGAAAAGGAGAACACUGCACACUGGAUAUUUUAUCUUAUCCAAGAUCUUAAGGAUCAGGUUGUUUGUCAGUAUUAGUUGUAUAGGGAUAUACAAUUUCUUUCUAAAUAAGACAUAAUUACAUUAUGUCUAAACUAAAACAAACAUAUUUAAAAUAUAUUUUUACUUUAGUUAGCUGCAGGAAUGUCCUUUUAUUUUAGCGAAAUAUAAUUCAAUGCGGUGCAUUGAUGACUUUCCAUUUAUUCCUCUUAAGCAUUAUUGCUGUGGAUAUUGAAAACAUUUACCACUAGUGCAGUAUUAUCCUGACAUACCUCUUUCAUUGCAAAUGCUUUUAAUAAGACUUCAUUUCUCAUGCUUAGUAAUCUUUGGUUUGUGUUAUACUCUGGGAAUUAUUUGUUCUUUGCUUUUAGAGGUAUGCAGAUUCAGUAUUCUAUUAUUGUCUCUCUGAAAAGAGGAGUAUUUAAGGUUUUUAAACAGUCCUGGCACUAGCAUCAAGUACUACACAUAGCUCAUGCGUGUUGGAGUACAGUUUGUUGGAGUUACAGUAAAUAAGUGAUGCCAGAAUAUUGGAAAUUUCCUGGACCUACUGAAAAGUUAGCACUUAUUUAGGGUUAAUUUUUAUUAUUAUUUUUUAAAUCAAGUUGCAUUCCUUUGCUCAUAUUUAUAAAAGUAAACAUAUUUAAAUUUACACACUUCAAUGUAUUCUGACAAAUUUAUUAACAAAGAAGAGAGAAAUGAAAGAGAGAAUUAGUAUAUUACCAAAUCUCAUGGGAUGUCUUUCUGAAGAUUGACCUCUCAAUACAAUAUAAUGCAAUUCAUUCUAAUAUUAGAUGUCUUUCUCAUAUGAGAUUUUCUCAUCUUGAGGUUUUUGUACAAAUAUUUCAAACACAGGAAGUUGGCAUAGUUUAUUACAGAACAGAAUUUUCAAUAUGAAAGGCUCUGUUAAGGUGUCCUUUUGAUUUGUACAAAUCACAGGUUUCAAAACCCAGUUAUGCUGUUUUCUGAAUUAUUUCAGGGAGCAUAGGUUUUUAUUCAAAUUGGGGGAAAUGUGCAACUUUGAUAAUGAAAAAAGGGUGAAGACAAAAAGGGGCACAUGAAAUAAUGUAUGCUAGUUAUCCUUUACAUUGGUCACCAAGGGCUAAGUAAACAGACCCAGGCUGCAGGCCAGAUGUUAGUGGGGUCUGAUUUGCUGGUACAGUGCUACUAGAGAUUCUCCUAAGUUGUACAGAUUCAGUUUGUUGUAGGUUUAUGUACUAAAUACUGUCAUAAAAUGGUAUGGAAAUGGUUUUAUUUUGUGAAGUGAAAUAUGCUUUGUAAUUUAUGAUAGUGUAAAUGGAAAGGAAACAUCUCAUUAAAUGUGUUGAGUCCCUGUCUGUAA